UAUGAGAAACAACAGCUUUUUAACUUUAUAUUUAAUUUAAGUUUGUCCUCUUUUUCAUUAUUAAAAAAUGAAAAAGCGAGGUGAUAAUUCUGCCAAGGAGAAAGUGGACAAGGUCGAUUCUGGGAUUGAGGAAGACCCGCCAAAGACUGCAGAUGAUUACCAGUGUUCAGGAAACCUUGAGAUGGAUCUUCAGGAGUUGUGUAAACUCAUGGGCAUGAGAGAGAUCCCUGCUGUCAAGACGAAGCAGACAGAGAAAGAGCCACCGCCAGACAGAGAAGUUAUGGAAGAAAGCCAAACACAGACAAUCUCAGAAAGCCAAAAAUCGAUGUGGUCCCCUAAGCCCUGUCUCCAGGUCGAGCUGGAGGAUGAGGACCACCAUAGCACAAAAGAGGUCAAGAUAUCUGGAUGGAUGGUGGAUGAGCAGAUGCUUCAGGUGCUGAAUAAAACAUUGCCGUCGCUUAACAGCUUACAGUGCCUACAUAUGUGGCGAACCGGCUUGACAGGUUACACGUUCACUUUACUGAGCAACACCAUCUCUCUGUGCUCAAAUCUCAGAAAAGUCAUUCUGGAAGGUAAUUCACUCCCUGAGCAGAGUUACCACUUAAUGAUUGGGGACGGCAGCAUGUUGACCCAUUUAUCACUACGCAACAAUUGUAUAGGAGAGGAGGGAGCUCGUCUGAUCGGUUCUGCUCUUUCAACUGUACAUUCUGCUAACAAGAACCUCCUGUCACUCAACUUGGCCUUUAAUAGUAUUGGGGAUUCAGGUGCUGUGUAUAUUGCUCAGGGUCUCCGUUUUAAUCGUUCCUUGAGGUGUUUGUCGUUAUCCUACAAUCAUAUAGGGGAUAAAGGAGCAGCUCAUUUAGCUGAGGUGCUCGGUCUGUUUGCUCUGACACACGAGGAGAUCGUGGAGAGGAGGAAACUGUUAAUGAAGGGUGAGCAGUCAACCCUCAUCCAGCCGUCUCAAGUUAGUCUGACAGACAGCACGUCUGAGCCGCCUCCUUCUGUCCACAGCAGCUCAUCACUGGAUCGAACCAUCAACAACAAGAGUGUCAAAAAGAAGGACAAUGUUAAAAAAGAGGAGAAACCAACGCCAGGUCAAGCAGCAAAGAAAGAAGAGCCAAAGCUGGCCAAGAAAGAUAGCAAAGUGGCUCGUGGUCAGACUGGAAAGUUGAGCAGCAAAGACAAGAAUCUGAUAGUGUCUGAAUCGGAGAUGUUUGUGCAAGAGACAGUGGAGGUGACUGAGGUGGUGGUCCCUCUGCUGGAUUCUGAAAUUCAGCACACCGGAGGCAAAGUCGUUUAUCCAGGAAACAGCUGCCUUGUUUCUCUUAAUCUCUCAGGAAAUAAAUUAACUGUGCAAUCCUUAAAGCUGUUCCUCUCAUCUUUGACGAGCCAGGGUGACGGAGGCCUCCAACGUCUUUCUCUCAAUAGGAAUCGCUUCUCCCCAGAGUGUGACACCUUCUUGAAGAUACAGGAAUUAUUGUCUCCUAAGGACUCUUUUAACAAAAAUAGCUCUGGUCAGGUGGAGGAUGAAGAGCAGGUUGAAGCACAGACCACUGGUGCCGCAUAACUGACAGGAUAAGCGAUAGAAAUAACUUUCCUAACCAACUUACAUUAGCGUCUCAAGAUGACAUCAUUUAAUAAACUUGGCAGUUUUGAUUUUAUUUUAUAGCUAUAUUGCCAUAUUGAAUUGAAUUGUACACUACCAGUCAAACCUUGAAACACACCUCACUCCAAACUGAUUUUUAAAAAGUAAUUUGUUUAGAAUAAAUCCUCUGGAUAAGUUUUGUAAGACAAAUAUAAGUUGUGUAUCAAG